UGACGUCGUUAAGGAAACAACCCAUCAUUCAGUCGUGAAAUAGGUGUCUGCUAGAGUAAAAUAUUUGAUUUCCACACAAAGAUGCUCCGAAGACCAAGAACAACAGCAAAGGUGUACACGGAGCCAACGACUGAUGAUGAGGAUGAGGAUUUUGAUGACAUGACAGCCAAUCAAAAAUAUGACAGUGAGGAAUUAGAUGAAUGGUUACCAAAAUUAAAAGAAGGCAAAGCUAAAGAAGGAAAAGUCCAAAAGGGGACAGAUGGAUCCACUGAAAAGAAAAAAGCAACCAAGAGGGUUGCCAAACCUAAAGAACCAAAACCUAAAGCAGAGAGGAAGCCGAGAGCUCCACGGGUUCCUAAAGCCAAGAAGGAGAAGCCUAAUACAGAGCAACAAAAUGAAGAUAUGGUGCUACUGAAGCCUGAGCAAGAUGUGAAAAUCAAAGAAGAGAGGUUGUCCAUGAACCUGAGCAGUAGUAAUGUCCCAGUUCCAAGAGAUAAUGAUGACGUGCCUGGCGAGGGUCCGUCAUCAAGCCAGCCUUUCUUCAAGGUGAAAAAAGAGGAGCCAAAUGACAGUUUUACCUUUGAAGAACCUGUUCAGAAGAAGCAGAAGACCUCAGACGCAGCCCAGGGAAGACCGAUAAAACUCAAAUCUACUGGUUCCGUAUUGGAAGACCUACAGAUGAACUGGGAUCCUAUUCGGGUCCUUGCUGAGAAGGCUGGUGUGGCACAGUGGGUGUGCAUGAACAUUGCACAACUCCUCGAGGAGGAGAACACCAUUCCCUUCAUGGUGCGCUAUAGAAAAGAGCUGAUCAACCAUAUGGAUGCUGAUGCUGUUCGAGACGUGCAGCAGACUCUUGAUGAAUUACGUUCCGUGGCAAAGAAGAGCAGAUCUGUUGCUCAGACACUAAAGAAGGAGGGAGUUCUUACUUCAGAGCUGGAAAUGGCUUUGAAGAACUGCACAACGGCUGAUGAAAUAGAACACGUGUAUGCCCCUUAUAAAAAAGGCAGUAAGUUGUCCAAGGCCCGGCGAGCAAAGGAGCUUGGAUUGGAACCUGUUGCGCUGGCUCUGCUUCAUUCUCCACAGACACUGAACCUGCACGCCUCCAUCCAGCCCAACACUAAGGGAUUGUCAAGCCUGGAUGAAGUGGCCACAGGUGUGCAGGAGAUCCUGGCCUAUAUGAUUGCGAAGGACAAAGAAACUCUUACCUAUGUCCAGUCACUGUGUGACAGGAGUGCUGUGACCAUUCACUCAGCAGUGUCUAAAACUGCCCUGAAAGAACAGCAGUCACAGCAGGCCGAUCAGAAGAGCAAACCAAAAGACAUCGCAAAGUUCAGCUUGUACACAGACUUCACCUGCGACGUCCAGCGCAUCCAGCACCAUCAGUGGGACAUUGCAGUUGUUAUUUAA